UAAAGAAAGAAAUGUAAAGACUGAGAUGAAUCGAGUUGAAAAUGUAAGGCGAUAUCGGACUCCGGAGUAACUAGGUGGAGCAAUUACAGUAUUGCAUGAAGACUGAGCCGAACGAUCACGAAAUUAAAGCCUUAGUUUCACGAAGGUACUGAAAAGGAGACCGUCAAAGGGAAGUGGCUAACAAAAGUGCUCAGUGUUGUCGGGUGAAGGAACGCAACACUGGUGGAGCUUCAAACAUUAAUUCUGCUAAUAUAAUGGAAACGACACCAGUGUGUCAACAGAAGCAAACGACGAGGCUUUUGAGGUUGUUCGAUGUAGUCUUGGCCAUUUAACUGCAGCAUUGCGUUGUGGAUAGGCUAAACGCAACGCUUCCUGUCGCGCACGGCGCUAUGUCCCAUCCACUGACUUGGAAUAUCAGCGAAAGCGAGUAUCAAUACAGCCACGACGAAAACCAUGGAAAAAAGUUGGCUGAAGAUUCACGGAUUAGGCUAUAGUGAAGACGAUUUAAUUCUCUAGAUUCAAACACCUAAUCAGACUUAAUUUCGCUGUCCUUGGUUUAACCACAUUUUCUUGUGAGAGGAGCUACAUCAUUAAGACGCAUCUGACGAACCCUUACACUGCUGUGAUCUAGCCUCGUAGUAUAUGUGGACCCGUCAAGAUGGAUAACCAUGGUCACAGCUGGCUAGUCUGGCUUCUGUGAUGAGUUGGGCAUACGGAGCCCUAUGAGAACCAGCCCGUAAACUCAAAAUUUCCAAAAUGGCUCAAACCAGUUUGCUGCAGGGGAAGCGUUUUUACUGCCGUGAAUGGGUCUUCCACAAGAUCCAGCACUGCCUUCAGGAGAAGACUAACAACAUCAGCAAUGCAACCGGCACCCCCAGCAAACAGGCAGGCCCCAUGGCCGGGGCACCUGCCCCAGGCAGCGGCCCCGCAUCCGUUCAGGGGAAAGGGACCUCCUGGGGGGUGUUGUUGGUGGGGGGUCCUGGAAGUGGGAAGACAGCAUUGUGUACGGAGCUGCUUUGGCCCAGUUCUCCUCAGGGUGUUCACAGAGGUCUGCACCAGCAAAGCCUUGCCUUCCAUUUCUGCCGGGCAGAAGACUCAGACACAUUGUGUGUGAGUGGGUUUAUACGUGGGUUGGUGGCACAAAUUUGCCGUGGGGGGCUAGUGCCCGGGUAUGAGGAGAAGGUGAGAGAACCUGCUGUGCAGAGUGCCCUGCAGCCAGGGGAGUGUGAGAGAAACCCCACAGAGGCUUUUAAGAGGUGUGUUCUCUUGCCUCUCUUGAGCUGUAAACCUCCAUCCCAGUCUGUGUUCCUGCUGGUGGACUCCGUUGAUGAAGGAGCUCAGCUGGCUGAAGGAGACCUGAGGUCUUCUUCCUCCAGCCCACGAACCAUUGCAGAACUGCUGGCCAGCCACCAUGAGUUCCUCCCACCUUGGCUCCUCCUCAUCUGCUCUGCACGCAGACAGAACAAAACCAUCACCAAACUGUUCACAGGAUUUCGCAAGAUCAGUUUGGAUGACCUCCGUAAGGCGUACAUUGUAAAGGAUGUCCAGCAGUACAUCUUGCAUCGACUGGACCAGGAGGAGGCCCUAAGGCAGCACCUCACCAAGGAGACAGCAGAGAUGCUGAACCAGCUUCACAUCAAAAGCAGCGGCUGCUUCCUGUACCUGGAACGGGUGCUGGACGGGGUAGUAGAGAACUUCAUCAUGCUCCGUGAGAUUCGUGACAUCCCCGGCACCCUGAACGGACUCUACUUGUGGUUGUGCCAGAGACUCUUUGUCAGGAAGCAAUUUGCCAAAGUCCAGCCCAUUUUGAAUGUCAUUCUGGCUGCCUGCAGGCCUCUAACAGUCAAAGAGCUCUACCAUGCUGUCUGGACCAAAAACAUGACUCUGACCAUGGAGGAGUUUCAGAAAAAGAUGGAUAUUCUCUCCAAGUUGCUGGUUGAUGGGCUUGGCAGUACUAAGAUCCUUUUCCAUUACAGUUUUGCAGAGUGGCUUCUAGAUGUUAAGCACUGCACCCAGAAGUACCUGUGCAACGCAGCAGAGGGACACAGAAUGAUGGCAAUGAGUUAUACAUGCAGAGCGAAACAGCUCAAGCCUUUAGAGGUUCAAGAGUUUGCCUUUCAUCUCAUUAACUCCAACCUACAAAUUGAGCCGUACAAUCUGGCCCUCUGGAUGGUGUGGAAUGGAACCCCAGCUAAAGACUCCCUGUCAACCUCCAUUCCAAAAGAGCAGGAGGUCCUGCAGCUGUUGGUCAAAGCUGGUGCCCAUGUCAACAAUGAAGAUGACCAUGCAUCUUGCAUUGUUCAACAAGCGUUGGAGCGAGAAGAUUCUAUUCGCACUCUGCUUGACAAUGGUGCCUCUGUGAACCAAAGUGACUCUAGUGGUAGAACCCUGUUGGCCAAUGCUGCAUACAGUGGUAAUCUGGAUGUGGUGAACCUUCUCAUUUCAAGAGGAGCUAACAUGGAACUGGAAGACAACCAUGGCCAGACAGCACUUACACUGGCAGCCAGACAGGGCCACACCAAAGUGGUAAACUGUCUCAUUGGCUGUGAGGCCAACAUCAAUCACACAGAUCACGAUGGAUGGACUGCCCUUAGGUCUGCAGCCUGGGGAGGGCAUUCAGAAGUUGUGUCCGCCCUCCUCUAUGCUGGUGCUAAAGUAGAUUGUGCUGAUGCAGACAGCAGGACAGCUCUCAGAGCUGCGGCAUGGGGUGGGCAUGAGGACAUUGUCCUCAACCUUCUACAGCAUGGAGCAGAGGUCAAUAAGGCUGACAAUGAAGGAAGGACUGCACUGAUUGCAGCGGCUUAUAUGGGGCACAGAGAGAUAGUAGAGCAUCUCCUGGACCAUGGAGCUGAGGUGAAUCACGAAGAUGUAGAUGGAAGGACAGCGCUAUCUGUUGCAGCACUUUGUGUGCCUGCAAGUAAAGGUCAUGCAUCGGUUGUCAGCCUACUCAUUGACCGUGGAGCUGAGGUUGACCACUGUGACAAAGACUGCAUGACCCCUCUCCUUGUUGCCGCCUAUGAAGGACAUGUAGAUGUUGUGGACCUGCUUCUGGAAGGAGGUGCAGAUGUAGAUCACACAGAUAACAAUGGGAGGACUCCCCUUCUUGCUGCAGCAUCUAUGGGGCAUGCUUCGGUUGUCAACACACUGCUUUUCUGGGGUGCUGCUGUGGAUAGUAUCGAUAGUGAAGGAAGAACAGUGUUGAGCAUUGCUUCUGCCCAAGGUAAUGUUGAGGUCGUUCGAACUCUGCUGGACAGAGGAUUGGACGAGAAUCAUAGAGAUGAUGCUGGCUGGACGCCAUUGCACAUGGCAGCCUUUGAGGGUCACAGACAAGUUUGUGAUGCCCUCAUUGAACAAGGUGCUCGGUGCUCAGAAGUUGACAAUGAUGGGCGGAUUCCCUUGAUACUGGCUGCUCAGGAGGGCCAUUAUGACUGUGUGCAAAUACUGCUUGAAAAUAAGUCGAGCAUUGACCAGAAAGGUUAUGAUGGGAGAAAUGCUCUCAGAGUUGCAGCCCUAGAGGGCCACAGAGACAUUGUUGAGCUUCUGCUCAGUCAUGGUGCUGAUAUAGAUUAUAAAGAUGCGGAUGGACGCCCUACCUUAUACAUUUUGGCACUUGAAAACCAGUUAGCUAUGGCAGAGUACUUCUUGGAGAAUGGGGCAAAUGUGGAAGUCAGUGAUACAGAAGGAAGAACAGCCCUUCAUGUUUCAUGCUGGCAGGGCCAUGUUGAGAUGGUUAGAAUGCUGAUCAACUAUCAAGCUGAUGUUAACUCUUGUGACAAUGAGAAGAGAUCUGCUCUGCAGUCAGCUGCUUGGCAGGGCCAUACAAAAGUUGUCCAGUUUCUAAUAGAUAAUGGCUGUCAUGUUGAUCACACAUGUAAUCAGGGUGCCACUGCACUUGGCAUUGCUGCUCAAGAGGGACAUAUUGAUGUGGUCCAGAUACUUCUAGAGCAUGGGGCGGACCCCAACCAUGCUGACCAAUUUGGGCGUACAGCUAUGAGAGUUGCUGCAAAAGGGGGCCACUCCAUGAUCAUCAAACUCUUGGAGAAAUAUGGAGCCACAAGUCUGAACGGCUGCAACCCUUCACCUAUACACACAAUGGAGCAGAAAACCCCUCUCUCUGUAACAGGAAAGAUGCAGUCACUCACAAUCAAAUCAAGCAGCUCUGGCAGCACAGGAGCUGGGGAUGUGCAGUGUGCAGGGCGUGGUCUACCCAACGGUCCAGUUCAUGCAUUUAGCUCCCCAUCUGAAUCUCCAGAUUCAACUGUGGACAGACAGAAGUCGUCGCUCUCCAACAACUCCCUGAAAAGCUCAAAGAACUCCUCAUUGAGGACUACUUCAUCCACUGCAACUGCACAGACAGUACCCAUAGAUAGCUUUCAUGGGUUGACCUUCACAGAACAAAUCCAACAGCACUCGCUACCGCGCAGCCGCAGCAGACAGUCUAUCGUGUCUCCGUCAUCCACAACCAAGUCAGUUGGCCUGCAGCCUAGCUCUCCACCUAGUGAGUUUGACUGGAGCCAGGUGAAGCCUGGCCUCAAAUCCACAAAAGGAGGUAAAACUGGUAACAGCACUUCCAACUGUUCAAACAAAGGGGGAUCUGGAGAUAAGAAAAAGCCCAAGAACAGCCCAGCAUCCCAAGGCCAGGUGCUGGAGUAUGAAAUGACACAGUUUGAUAAAAGGAUUGCGCUUAAUAAGCCAGUAUCCAACAUUGCGGUGAAAGAUCCUCAUUGUAAAAUCGUGGUAGGAGGCUCAAAUGCCUUUGACUCGGGGCAGUCACAGCAGUUUUUCAUUCAGCAGCAUGGUUGUGCAGAAAAGAAGAGGAAUGGUAUCAUGACCAACCCUAAUUAUCACCUACAGGGCAAUCAGGUUUUUCUUGGGAGAGUGUCAGUCCCCAGGACUGUUCAAAACAGGGGACAUCAGGAUGUCCUGGACAACUACCCCAUAGGGGAAACGGAAUUAAGCCUUAAACAAGCCCUAAAACUGCAGAUUGAAGGAUCCGAUCCUGGGUUUAAUUACAAGAAGGAAACACCGUUAUAACUGAUGUCUUGAACUGAAUCCAUCAUACAGACGUUAGAGAGAAUGUGCCAAAGCAACUGCUCAUCCACGGAAGAAUCGUACUCAUUUUUCCACUCACCAUUGGUAGAACACACCAAGAAAAAUAAUAAUGAAAAAAACCCAAGGGAAGAAUGUUGAUCGCUGCACAAGGCUUAAACAAAUUGAUACUUCUACGUGCCUGCAUUUGUUACAGCCUCCUCUGUGUAACCAUGCACACUAUCAUUUAAUUUAAUGUAUUGAUAUUUAAUAUGCAGUGUAUGCACUUUUUGAAAAGAGAAAGAAAUGUAUGUUCAUUUUCCUUUUGACG